UGUCACAUGUCAAGUUUAUUAUCAUGUGAACAAGCUACAGUAAACAACAUACAACUACUACUAGUAUCUAGAUUUACUACUCACAAAUAAUUAUCAGGUCACAUCAUCCUAGACGUUCAUCUCAGCACCGUGAGUUCAGAAUAGAUACAGAUCUCAACAUCCAGAAAUUUUUCAUUGAGGCAUAUUGAGGUGUGGCAGAUAUUAAAAGGACAUGAGAAAAAUGGCUGUAUGAUUCAAUAAUGUGUAACUGAUUGGACGUUUUCACCUGAAGUCUUGAAGGCGUGGAAUACCGGUUCCCUUAUCGACAUGGAUCCGUACAAUAUAAUGUCAAAUUUCUCUGAAUUGACGCUUCCAAAUCUAACUUUUACAACUGCAAAACAUAGACCGUGUGACCGGUUUGAUGAAGAAGAAACGGAUUUGAUGUAUGCCCUGCGAUAUGUGCAUAUUGUGUUUGCUUGUCUGAGCAUCUUAGGGUCAAGCUCCACUAUAAUAUACUCAUUAAUAAAGGGAGUAGUUACCAGUGAAGAGGUACGCCCUCUAUUCCAUUUGUCUGUUGCAGAUCUCGGAUUGGCGAUAUGUUGGGUAGCUGGAGCAGCCCUGUGGAGUGAUGAAACAGAACCAAAUGAAAAUUGUGUUUACCUACAAGCUAUUACCGAAGCAUUCCAUGUAUCAACAUUCUUUUUAACUAUGAAUUAUUCGUUAAAUGUAUAUGUACGGAUCAAAGAUCGACUACAUCGGGCAAAGAAGCUCUCAACAUUAAUGUCAAAUAUUAAAAUGAAGUGGGCUCUUAGGAUGGUGUAUAUUCUCUCAUGGCUGAUUCCAAUUGUAGUAAUGAUUCCAGUAGUUAUAUAUCAUCAGAAGCUGGAACUAAUUCCAUGCUAUAGGUGUUUACUUCUAUUUUACAGACCAUCAAUCCAGUCAAAAGAAGACGACUAUACUGGCUGGUGGUGGGAGAAUUAUGGUGCUAUUUUCUUUGUAAUAUCAUUAGGUCUUUCAAUGAUUACAAUACUUAUGUGUAUAAGAGACAGCUCCUGUAGUGCAUAA